AUGGAGAAGGUUGUACGCGGGGUCCACAUCGAGCCAGCACAUAUUGUUAAGAAGCGUAGCAUUGACCAACCUUUAAGGAUAAGCAUAUUUUAUGACCACUCUGUAUAUAGGUUAGAACCAGAAAAAUUCGUUGUCAUUAACAACACUAUACUCCCAGAAGCGGUGAAAUUUUGGGAGAGCGCCCUUAAAGUGAGGAAAACUGGGGGACCAAUUAAACUUAAUAGAAAAUGUCCAACACGACAAGUAUUCUUACACGAAGGUAGAGCGUACUGCAUAGACUUCUGCAGCGUUGACACGAUGUGUGGAGAAGUCAAGGUUCCCGAACAUCAUCUUAAUCCUUGCUACGUAUGCAACAGCACCGGCCACAACUGCAGAGCUCUGCCAAGAGAAGUUGAUUUAGACGAUGAGAUUACAGCCACGGAGAUCUCUGGGAAUGCUCUUAAUGAUGGAGUUGAUAAUGCAGUACCAGAAGUUAGCAGCGCAGAGAGUUCAAGAAUCGACCCGAUCGGUAUAGAGAAGACCGAUUUUGUUUUAUACGUCAGUGCUUUGGAGACAAAUCGGUGUAAGCGGGGACUUACAGUGGCAUAUGCUUCUCACUGUCAACAGGAAUCGGCGUUAGAUCGACCGGUAGCUGGUCACGCGAACUUCUGUCCAGCAGAACUUUCCACGAAGGCUCGCGACUUGCCAUCCCUACUAUCCACAGUGAAACACGAGAUGCUACACGCAUUAGGCUUCAGCGUCUCACUGUUUGGCUUCUACAGAGACGACAACGGUGAACCAUUGACGAAACGACGCAAGGAUACAGGGAAUCCGCCGCUAGAUGAACAGUUGCAAAUACACAAAUGGUCGUCGAAAGUGGUCAGAAAUGUAACGAGGAAGAAAUGGAUGGUGCGUGGUGGUUAUAUGGAAAGGACGUUGCAAAUGGUCGUAACUCCACGCGUGGUAAAGGAGGUCCGCGAACACUUUAACUGUUCUCUGCUAGAGGGCGCUGAGUUAGAAGAUCAGGGAGGUGAUGGAACAGCCCUUACACAUUGGGAGAAAAGAGUUUUUGAGAACGAAGCGAUGACAGGCACACACACACAGAACAGUGUGUUCAGUAGAAUAACCUUCGCACUCAUGGAAGAUACUGGCUGGUACCGCGCCAACUAUGAACAUGCGACUAGUCUAGACUGGGGGAAGAAUUUGGGAUGUAACUUCGCGAUGACGUCAUGCAAGCAGUGGCUCAACACGCAAAGGUUCAGCAGCGAUACGGAUAACACUACAGCGGACAUUACAAACGUGACGGAACCCGUGCGUAAAAACCCAGCACCAUUCUGCGAGAGGGUCAAGGGUGAUCCGUUAAGAACUGAAUGCUCGCCUCGAAGGAACGCCGUGGUGUUGUGUAAUCUGGUCAAACACGACAACAUCCUGCCCAGACAAUACCAGCAUUUCGACACAUUACCCAACAUCAAACCGGGUGAAGAAGCAAAGUACGGCGGCUCUGUGUCUCUAGCAGACUACUGUCCCUACCUACAAGAGUUCUCUUGGAAACAUAAGAGCGUACUCGUCAGAGGGAGUAGAUGUUCAUAUGAGGAAAAUACGCCCAAUAUGGAGGUAAAUUUUGCUCUUGAGAACUACGGGCCGCAUUCAAAGUGUUUCGACCAUAGUGACAAAGUGUGGGAACAGAAGUCAUGUAGACAGAUAAGAGAAUGGCAACACUGGGGCUCUGGUUGUUACAAGUACAAGUGUGAAAAUGGAAGGAUUCAUGUUGUGGUGGGUAACUACACAUACACCUGCUUCUUCGCCGGCCAGGUGUUGCAAGUGAAAAUCAUUCAGAAGGGCUGGCUUCAUAGAGGAGGCGUGGUCUGUCCUCCUUGUAGGGAAUUAUGUGGAGAAGAAUUCAAGAGUCGCAACGAGUACUGUAAGGGCGGGGAAGAAGCGCCUCCCCCUAAUUUAUACCCUAACGACUUCCUCGCGUGCAGCGGAAGUACCAACCGGGCGGCCAUCUUGUUGUUGGCGGCCAUUUUGUGUGUGAUCCGUCUGCUGGUCAAUGUGACACACAGCUAUGUUCUUCUCCAAGUACGGAAAACAGAUAACCAGUCAAACGUGGACGCCCUCAUCCACAAAGUGGUGCCACCUCAGCAAUUCCAAAAAAUAGCAAAUACAGCGAGAAAACAAUUCAAGAACUAUAAACAGUUCAAGAUAAAAAGCAAUCCCAACGACAAAGAGUUAGAAAGCGUUAUAUUUGCGAUAAAAACGAAUACUGACUCAAAAAGAAGACACAACGAUGGCCCAGAAUAUUCCAUGGUGUUUGAGGAUUUGAAGAAGAAGGUUCUAGAUUUUUUCAGUCUACCCGACAAGAAUGAUAUCCCAAAUUUGAGAGCUAAAAUGCAGAAGUAUGAUAUAAAGCCACAGUUGGUUAAUUUCAGGGACGGUAAUGGAAAGCCGUCUCUGAUGUACGAAGUAGAGGCGAAGUCAUUGCUCGAUACUAUAAAAGAUACGAUCAUGUCAAAGAAAUUCAACAACCUCGCAAACAAAAUAGCACAAAAAGCCGGUUUGAUUUUGCGCACACUUAAUGAGGAAUUGAAUAAGAAUUAA